CAUGAAAAAAUUAGGGUUUCUGAAGGCUAAAAUGUCGAUCUUUAAACACAAAACCACCUCACCUGCCCGCAGUCUCCUCUUUCUCCGCAAAGGAAUCGCUGAGAUAAUCUUCAACUCGGCCAGAAAAUGGUGACUUACAGGUUCCAUCAGUACCAGGUGGUGGGGCGAGCUCUCCCCACGGAGACGGAGGAGCACCCCAAGAUCUACCGCAUGAAGCUCUGGGCCACCAAUGAAGUCCGCGCCAAGUCCAAAUUUUGGUAUUUCUUGAGGAAGCUUAAGAAGGUGAAAAAGAGCAACGGACAGGUUCUCGCUAUCAAUGAGAUUUUUGAGAAGAACCCUACAACCAUCAAGAACUAUGGCAUCUGGUUGAGAUAUCAGAGCAGAACUGGGUAUCACAACAUGUACAAGGAGUACCGUGACACCACUUUGAAUGGUGGUGUUGAGCAGAUGUACACCGAGAUGGCCUCCCGUCACAGGGUGCGCAGCCACUGCAUCCAAAUCAUUAAGACCGCCACCGUCCCCGCCAAGCUUUGCAAGAGGGAGAGCACCAAGCAGUUCCAUGAUUCCAAAAUCAAGUUUCCCCUGGUGUACAAGAAGGUUAGGCCACCAUCAAGGAAGCUCAAGACUACAUACAAAGCAACCAGGCCCAACUUGUUUAUGUAAACUGUAUGGGUCAUUUCUUGUCGGGGAAAAAUAACUUUGUUUCUUUUUUAAUCCAGAGAGAAAGUGAGUGACAAUUUUCUUCAUUAGUGUUAUCCCUGAACUCCUCUACAUUUCUUGUUUUGUUUACCUAGAGCAUUGUGCUUUUCAUAUUGAGACAUUAUUUAUGAUAGUUUUAUUUUUGAUGA